AGCGCCCAGACCCGUGUGGUGAUCAAGGGCGGAAAAGUGGUCAACGAUGACAUGAUCAUCGACGGAGACGUCUACAUCGAAGAUGGUAUCAUCAAGCAAGUUGGCAAGGACCUCACCAUACCGGGAGGCACCAGGACCAUCGAUGCCAAAGGGCAACUGGUCAUACCAGGUGGAAUCGACACUGCCACUCACUUUCAGCUUCCCCUGCCCAGUGGCAUCAAGUCAGCCGAUGACUUCUACUCUGGCACGCGAGCUGCCGUCGCCGGAGGAACCACCAUGAUCAUUGACUGCGUUCUGGACACCACGUGUUCUCCGCUGGAGGCCUUCGAGAAGUGGAAAAGCUGGGCCGACGAGAAGGUGUGCUGCGACUACGGCCUUCAGCUGGCUGUCACCUCCUUCGACCCGAAGACAAAGGAAGAGCUCGAGACGCUCGUCAAGGAGAAAGGUGUGAACGCCUUCAGAGCUUACCUCAGCAUGGACUCCCUGAUGCUGAGCGAUCUUCAGCUGAUGCAUCUGCUCGAAGUGUCUAAGCAUCUGGGGGCUCUGACUACGGUCCAUGCUGAGCACGGUGGCAUCAUUGCAGAGAACCAGAGAAAGAUCCUGGGCCUCGGGAUAACGGGACCUGAAGGUGUGGUCUACAGCCAACCCGAGGAGGUGGAAGCGGAGGCUACCCUUCGGGCGAUCGUCAUGGCCAAUCAGGUGGCAACGCCGCUGCUUAUCUCUCCGGUGAUGAGCAAGUCCGCGGCUGAAAUGAUUGUACAGAAACGCAACGACGGUUGCGUGGUGUUCGGCCAACCGACGGCGGCUAGCCUGGGAACCGACGGGAGCCACUACUUCAACAAGUGCUGGAGCCACGCUGCCGGUCACGUAACUUCGCCGCCUCUGAAUCCGGACCCCACCACACCCAGCCGACUCAUGGACUUACUCGGAUGCGGAGACCUUCAUGUCACCGGUUCCCAGCACUGCACGUUUACAACGGCGCAGAGGGCUGUCGGUGCCAACGACUUCACCAAGAUACCGCACGGAGUCAACGGCGUGGAGGAAAGAAUGCUGGUCAUUUGGGAGAAAGGAGUGGUAAGCAGUGACCUCCGACACGGGUAUAGAUAACUGCUC